AUGGAAGUUUCAGACGAAAUCAAAAUGAUGAUGGAGAAAGAUUCCAAUGAAGAUAAUGAUGAUCAAUCCGAGAAUUAUUUGGAAGCAUUCGUUUGCUGUAUUUGCCGGCUUAGUGAUUCACCUGUCUGCGUGAAUUAUAACAGAACAUAUAUGCACAAGAGCGAUGCCUAUGAGGAGAAGGAUAUGGGUUACUCCUCGCCUCAAAUCAAUGGUCCUGCUCACAAGUUACAACAUGAAGAGACAGCCAUAAAGCCUUGCGAUGCAACAGUAGCUGUCCAAUCAGGUCCACUUAAUGCAGAUACUGGCUUGAAAAAUCUGCUUGACUUGAGAAAAGAUAUUGCAGCAGUUAGCGACGCCACUGCUGAAGAAAGAAACUCAAACCUCAUACAUGGCAAUGGAAUUUGCAAUACGGUUUCAGUUGAUGAUGUUUUAUGCGGUUCCUGUAAGCGCAUGCUUGUCCGGCCUAUAGUUCUUAACUGUGGUCAUGCCUUUUGUGCCUGCUGCAUUGAUGUGCAAAUGAAUGAGGUGCUCAAGUGUGGAGUUUGUCAGAGUCUGCAUCCAGGGGACACUCCAAAAGUAUGCUUGGAGUUUGAUCAUUUUCUGGAGGAGCAAUUUCCAAAAGAAUACGCGCUGAGAAGAGAGACUUUACAGAUGAAACAAGAGCAGUUACAUAGUGAUACUCCUAAUACAUGCUCAUCAAAAGCUGAUAAGGAAAGUUUCCACUUUUCAUUUUCUUCUGGAGAGGAUCCUUUACCAUUGUGGAAUUCUAGCUCAAACGUCCAUAUUGGAGUUGGCUGUGAUUCUUGUGGGAUGUACCCUAUAAUCGGCGAUAGAUACAGAUGCAAAGACUGCGUUGAGCAGGUAGGGUACGACCUCUGCAGAGAUUGCUACACCACCUCCUCCAAGCUUCCCGGCCGUUUUAAUCAGCAGCACACAUCUGAUCACCAGUUUCAGAUACUGAAAUCAAACCCUAUGCACAAUAUCAUGCUAAGGCUGCUAAAUGGACAGCUGCACGAAGUCUCGGCCAUCUCAGAUGCCCUGAAUAACAACAGCUCAGCAAAUGAAGUUUCCUCAUCUGAUGGAACCAGUGAGGAUCGAGAACAUGUGGUCGAUGAACAUCUGUCACCUUCUCAGUCGGGGCCAAACCAUGAGGAAAAUGAGCGGUCAGCAUGAGAAAAAGAUUUUGACUGUCUCUUGGUGUAUGCCUGUCUCAGGCAAUAUGCAGUUUGCUGCUAGGGUCCUAGACGACUGCGAAUUUGUUUAUGAGGAAUGGAUUGAGCUUUCUGGGAUGGAUUAGGUAUGUAAAAAAGACUACAGUUUGUGUAUCUUAUAUUCUUAUACGAGUGUUGUUCGAAUUCUUUUUAACAUUACCUAUGAAUGUGUAUCAUUAUGAUUAACUAAACAGCAUCUUUUUAUACUUUUAGUCACAGUACCUUGUGGCUGUAAUAACGAUUAAUCAUCUCAAUUGACAUAGAAGUUUGCGAGUAUUUUUUUUUUUUAAAUACUGGUGAUAUAUUUAUCGUAUCAGACGAAGUUGAGG